AAAGAAAGCUCCAAGAAUCUGUCGACUUUCUGAGAAUCCAAAGGUCAGAAGAUCGCCAUGGCAGUCACAACAUUCAACACAUUGAGACUUGUAUCGUCUUCUCUAGAUUCGAUUCCUUCAAUCUCUUUUUCUACUUCUUAUUCGUUAUCUCUGAUCAGCGUCGGUGGCAUCACAUGUUCUGAUGUCAAAAGAUGUCUAAAGCACACAUGUUCUGUCCGAGCCAUGUCUUCUUCUUCAGCUGCUUCGUCUUCUUCCUUCGGAUCAAGAAUGGAGGAGAGCGUGAAGAAAACGGUGACUGAGAACGUUGUCGUUGUUUACUCCAAAACAUGGUGCUCAUACUGUAUUGAAGUGAAGACAUUGUUCAAGAGACUUGGAGUUCAGCCAUUGGUGAUCGAAUUGAAUGAACUUGGUCCACAAGGGCCACAACUACAGAAGGUACUGGAAAGACUUACUGGACAACGCACUGUUCCUAAUGUGUUCGUUGGAGGCAAGCACAUUGGUGGCUGCACAGAUACAGUGAAGCUGAAGAGGAAAGGAGAUCUGGCAUUGAUGUUAGCUGAAGCCAACGGUAAAACCGAUCAGAUUUUAAGGAAAUGAUGAAACUGGUUUGGAGAUUUUGCAUGUGGAUUCUUGGAUGAGUUUUAACUACUUUCUCUCUCUCUCCUAUGUAAACAUUGAACAUCAUUCAAAUAAUACAUAUAAUAAGUAACAUAUACUGUCAUGCAGUAUUUGUUGAUCCACUUCUUUGUU